GGAAGUCACACUGUUUCAAAAUGGCUGCUAAAAGCGAUCAGAAAAUUGCCGAGGGCCUAGAGCAUCUUCGUCUAGCUGAUAAAUAGUAUGAAUUGUAUUAUUUUUAUUGUAUUAUUUUUUUAAAAGGCUUCAUAUAAAACCAAACCCGCACCAUACAUUUAAUUUAUGGUAGAGAUGGUGAUACUGAUGCCUGUUUUUUUGUGUCACUCACACUGUAUAAGUCUACUCUUCUGAGGUCUUCUCUGUCUCAGUUUCUCAGUACUCAGUGUAACUCAAUCAGUAUCAGUCAACUUCAAUUACCAGUUGCUAUCUAGACCUAAGACUAGUGACUAGUGUAGUAGUACUAGUAUUAGUUACUAGUCACUGUCAAACAAUCUCAUUAAUUGUGAUCACAUUUCAGUCUCGUAAUCCAUUGUAUAUUUUAGAUGUAAUGUAAUAAUUAUAAAUUAUAAGGCAGGCAUUCGUAAUUAUACAUUUUUAAAUAGGGGACUACUAAAUAAUAUAAAUUAAUAAAUAUAAUCUAAUGCACUUUGGUAAAAUUUUUAAAAAUUUUGUAAAAAUAAACCGAUGGCAUAGUUGAAAAGAACUAAUUUUUUUUUUUACAUAAUUAUAAAACCAAAAUCAUAUAUUUUUAGCUGUUGUAGUUUUGAAGCUUUGAAUUUUUAAAGUACGACUUACUUUGUCCUUUUUUAACAUUAACAUGAAUCGCAUCUUCACAUUCUGUGACCCAAUUCCACUGUUCACGUCAUGAGCUAUAUAACUCUCAUUUUAAUUAUAAUUUUAAACAACUUGUAUUUUCAGAACUAAUGGUAUAUUAAAAAAUAAUUUUAAUAAUGUUAUACUAUUAUAGAUAAAUUGUAGAUUACCUAACUAAACUCUAUGUAUAUCAGUAAAUUUAAUAUAAUGUAUUAAUAUAUGGCUUUUCUGUUUACCAAAUCUACGAUGUCCAUUUUACCGGUAUAUGCUAUAUUGUCUAAAAUACUAUUUGGGGACUACUUAUUUUGAACUUUUAACUUUGACACAUGACUAAUUAAUUAAAGGGGGGUUGAAACCAAACAAACAAAUUUGUUGUGAGGAUUUAAAAAUUUUGUGGCCAAUACUUGGGGGAGGGGGGUAAAAAUUGGCCUAAAUUUAAAUGACAUCAUUUAAGGAUGGUCCCUCGGGUCUGUGUACUUAGUAAUGAUUUCACUUCUAAUUUUAAUAUUAUAAGAAACAUAUGAAUAUAUCAAUAACUGAUAGGCCAUAUUAUUUUGCCUAUUAAUAAUUAAUAUGAUUAAAAUUGGGGCCUUAGUUGCCUAAGAAAACUUAUUUAUCUGACAUUAAACAGGUUAACUCAAUAAGUGGAAUUCAUUCAAAUACAUUUUGUUUUUGCUUAGGUUACUGUAUUUUUUAAGUGAGAAGAGUAAGAAUACUUAAGCUUAAGUCAAGACUUAGUUCAUCAAGUUUUAAAAAAACCACAUGAGUUACUUUUGGUUGAAAUUUAAAUAAUUAAUUAUUAUCAGAGGAUAGGGAUUAAGCUGAAAAAAGGCAUACUUUGGGAGAAAGACAAAGAACCUCUGUUUUAGCAGGUGUCCACUUUGACUCUGGCAAAAAAUAGUGACUUUGAAUUCACAUCCUUCUAAAUUGUUGGUUAUUCAUCCUGCUAUUUUAGAUUCUAUGAAAAGAUAUCCAAUAUGCUAUCUUGUUGUUGAAACUAAAAAAUGAUUGAGUUAAAAAUCAGCUGAGGAACCAAAUAGCACAUCUGCUGCUCCCCAUUAAAUAAACAAUAAAUGGUGUUACAACUAAUAUAUUUUAAAAGUUAAAAUAAACAGGAUAACAACAAUUCUUUAAACUCAUAAAGUGGACCCUGUACUGAUUAUUGAGUUUAUUAAAAAAAAUCUUUGUAUUCCUUUAAAAUAAAAUAUAAAUAUGAUUUAUUGUUUAUUUUGACCCAGCUUGAAAACAUCUCUUUUUAAGUGGAAGCCUGAUCAAGAUGGAGCCGCAGCGGAGUACCUCAAAGCUGGUGAGGAGAACAAUUUAAAGGCAUUUGUUGACAAUUUUACACAGCUUCUUGUUAAGUUGUUUUUGUUGUUUGUGAAACAUGGUGAAAUAUAAAUUAAAGUUUGACACAGUUUCAUUUAAUAACUUUUCAAAUUUAAACAGCUAAAACUUCAAAAAUACAAAAGUAGUGAUUGAAUCUAGACUGGAAGGUACUGCAGUAUUGUUUACUAGUAAAACACCACAUGGCAUAGGAACAAAUUUAUCAGGAAUCACUCUAUUUGAACCUACAUGCAAAAGGAAAACCUUUACUCAUAUUAGAAUUAAUUUCCCUGAAGACAUUGCAUGCUUAUUAAUUUUACUGUUAGAUAAUAAGAAGGUGCAGGCUAACUGGCAAUAAUCUUUUACUUUCAGCUACAGCUUUCCGAAAUGCUAAAGCCCUGGACCAGGCUAAGGAAUCUUACAUAAAAGUUGGUGAACUUCAGAAGGCCAUGAAUGCGUAUCUUUUUUAA